AUGGAGGAGGUCAGAGAAGGAGGAGGUCAGAGAUGGAGGAGGUCAGAGAUGGAGGAGGUCAGAGAUGAUGGAGGAGGUCAGAGAUGGAGGAGGUCAGAGAUGGAGGAGGUCACUGAUGGAGGAGGUCAGAGAUGGAGGAGGUCAGAGAUGAUGGAGGUCAGAGAUGGAGGAGGUCAGAGAUGGAGGAGGUCAGAGAUGGAGGAGGUCACUGAUGGAGGAGGUCAGAGAUGGAGGUCAGAGAUGGAGGAGGUCAGAGAUGGAGGAGGUCACUGA